AUGCUUGUAUUGAUACUACAGAAUGUCCGUCCUCCAUUACUUACAGCUAGUGUGAAAGAAGUUGAACACUUUGCUGUAGCUGAAUGUUGUACCCCACCAGAGUACAGAAAUGGACCGGAAUGUCCCAUUCCGGUAACAAACGGUUCGCAUUCUGCGGUCUGUGAUCCUUUUCUUGUUCAUGUCGCAAUGACCCUUGAUUCGAAGUACCUGAGAGGUUCCAUAGCAGCUGUACACUCGAUUCUCAAGCACAGCUCUUGCCCAGAAAAUGUCUAUUUUCACUUCAUCGCCUCGGACUCCAUGUCCAACACCUUGAAGUUCGAUGACUUGACCCAAAUCGUGAAGUCCACAUUUCCUGGUUUGGGUUUCAAGGUGUACCCCUUCAGUGAAAGCCUGGUUAAGAACCUCAUCUCAUCUUCAAUUCGCCAGGCUCUUGAUGACCCAUUGAACUAUGCUAGAAUCUACCUAGCCGACAUGAUUGAGCCGUGCAUUGAUCGGGUGAUCUAUCUGGAUUCUGAUAUCAUCAUGGUGGAUGAUAUUCAGAAAUUAUGGUCCAUCACUUUAACUGGGUCUAGAGCCAUUGGAGCUCCAGAGUAUUGUCAUGUAAAUUUCACCAACUACUUCACAAGUCAAUUCUGGUUCGACCCUAAAUUAUCGAAGGUUUUUGAGGGUAAGAGACCGUGUUAUUUUAACACAGGAGUGAUGGUUAUGGAUUUGGUGAGAUGGAGGGAGGGGAGUUACAGGAAGAGAAUUGAGGAUUGGAUGGAGAUUCAUAGGGAGAAGAGGAUAUAUGAGUUGGGUUCGCUUCCACCAUUUUUGCUGGUUUUUGGUGGAGAAGUUGAGGCCAUUGAUCAUAGGUGGAAUCAACAUGGGCUUGGUGGCCAUAAUGUGGUGAAUAGUUGUAGGUCUGUGCACUCAGGUCCGGUGAGUUUGCUGCACUGGAGCGGCAAAGGAAAGCCAUGGGCAAGGCUCGACACUGGAAUGCCUUGCUCCAUUGAUCAUGUGUGGGCACCUUAUGAUCUCUAUGGGCACAACGACCUUCCAAAACACCAUGACCAGCUGUAGCCACCAAUGUCUGUUUGGUUCAUUGCGAUUGAUUCGAUUCUUUCAUUUUGUCACCACAUUCAAUUACAUUUUUUUGUAUGUGCAUCUAUAUACACAGAUUUUUGGGUGAUGUAUAUAUACAGAGG